CUGUAUGCUAUAUUCGUAUCUUCAUCUGUAUUUUUGCCAAAAUGAUUAUUGUUGUGUUUUUUGCUUCAUAUAGACACUUCAUUUUGCCAAUACGGGGAAAUGGUUUGCGGCAGAAAAGAGACUGGAUGGGGAGUCCAUCUUCAAGCAUGACAGAGGGCGACGUGGAAUGUUUUUCUGAGUACAUGGAACUUUGGAUCCAUAGAUUGAGAAUUGAAGGAUUGAGGCUUUGGCUUUCUGGAAUAUUAAGAAUUCAAGUGGGUCUGGUGUCCAUGGAGAAUCUAAACCAUCAGCUUUCAUCAUGUGGAUUUGCACUGCACAGAGAUCUGGAUAAGAACUAUAUUUUCAGAGUCAUGUACAGCGGAUGCUUUGUCCAGUUAGAGCACGGGAGUUACGUGAUUGUGCUGAACUUAUUGAAGAGAGUAAGUCGUUUUGGAGGCAGAACUCAAAAGUUUAUGAUGAAAUGUCCAGCAGUGUUGGCACCUCCUAAUAGAGAGUACAUCCAAUGUGAUUCAGACUCUAUUCAGGUUACCAGAGAGAUCCCCCUGGAUAACUGGAAUAAUGAGCUUGACUGGUCUCUGGCAUUGAGAGGGAGUCUGGUGGUGGCGUUAGAGGAUUCCAGCCUUAUUCAAGUAAAUGUUGAAAUGCACAAACCAAACAUUACAGUUCAAGGGAGGAGGGACACCAUCUUAAGUCCUGUGCAGGUUUUCGCAUCUGAAGGACAUUUCUUACCCCUCAAAUUGGUCAGUGGCAAUUACGCCUACAGUAUGGAGGCGACCUGCCCAAACGGGAACAUGUCGUCAUCUAAUGAAACGGUGCUGCAUAUCUAUAAGCGGCGCAUGGGUUUGACCAGGAGAGGUGGAUAUCAAAAUGAGACCCUGUCAGUAAGCAGUGUAAUGGUGGAGCAGACUCACACGUUCAGCUGGACGGAGACCACUGACUUUGUGCAGCUCAACAUACUUACAUCCUACAUUCAACAGAAUAAGGAGUGCUUAAGUCAAACAGGUGAAAAACUUCAGCAAAAUUUCUACAAGAUAGAUGCUGUUCUCACAUUUAAAGAGACAAAUCACAAAAUGCACUGGACCAUGGAAAACACCUCUCCAUGUUCAGAGAUGUUAAAAUCACAUUGGGUCCAUGAUGACCCGCAAGAAGCAAACUUUACAACACAUUUACCAACAUAUACUACAGACAGGCCAGAAAUUCCAGCUGAUUACACAAACAAAUUUACUCCUUCAGGGCCACCAUCGACUACAUCUACAGCAUUACAGACUGCAGAUCCAGACACCAGCACAACCUCAGUGCCAACACCACAACUCCAGACAACCACAGUAUUCAAUAUAUCAACUCAACUUUUACCCCAAGAAGUGUUUGCAAGUACACUUUACAGCCCAAAUCACAACUCGACAAGCUCAUCUGCACACCAGUGACUGCACAACGGAUGGAUAUGCAGGUAACGACUGCACACGUGAUUUUUUUUUUCAUACUACACUAUUACAAUUGGUAGUCCAUUAAUCAGAGAGCAGAUGUAAUCACAGUUUGAAAUACAGCUACACAUUUAAGCGCCAUUUUCACUCAGACUGGGAUUUACAACACAACAGUCAAGCGGACUCAUGCAUCUUUUCUGUUGACAAGCAAAGUGCCUUGGAAUCACAUACGGGGAAUGAUUACAUCUCGGACUGUGUUGGUCAUGCUAUUUAAAUGGACAAAUCUUAGCUCGGUGUCUUCCAGGAAUAAAUGUCAUGAAUGAGAAGCAUCCCCCCCAAAAAUGUGUAAAGUGCUUUGAGUGUCCAGAAAAGCGCUAUAUAAC